CAAUUUUUCACAAACCCUUCCUUUUCUCCUCUCUCUCUCUCUCUUACACACACAUUUCACCUAUUUCGGACACUCUAUUCCGCCAUUUGGAUCAUCCUUUUUUUCCGGCGAUUCGUCCUAAGAUCCUUGAUUCCAUCUCAUUAGUAUCCCGACAACAUCUGUCAACAUCACCCCUUUAACAACACAAGCUUACUUAGUUGAUCUGUGGAAUUUUUGGGAUAUUUUAUGUUAGAACUUUGGUGACAAAAUUUAGUGAAAGAUGUCUUCAAGAUCGCCGAAAGCGGUAGAGCUACAACAGGGACGCGGUGCGAUUCCUCCACAGGUGACUUUUGCGAGAAGGACCUCGUCGGGCCGAUACGUAAACUAUUCAAGAGAAGAUCUCGAUAGCGAAAUUGGCAGCGGUGAAUUCAUGAACUACACAGUCCAUAUACCGCCCACACCCGAUAAUCAACCGAUGGACCCAUCGAUUUCACAAAGGGUAGAGGAACAAUACGUCUCAAGUUCACUUUUCACAGGUGGGUUCAACAGUGUAACACGGGCCCACUUGAUGGACAAAGUGAUCGAUUCCGAAACUACUCAUCCUCAAAUGGCUGGUGCGAAAGGGUCUUCGUGUCAAAUACCGGGAUGCGAUGGAAUUGUGAUGAGUGACGAGCGGGGUGUCGAUAUCCUUCCUUGCGAAUGUGAUUUCAAAAUAUGUCGGGAUUGUUAUGUUGAUGCUGUGAGAACCGGUGACGGGAUCUGCCCGGGAUGUAAAGAGCCGUAUAAACAAACCGAUCUCGAUAAAAACACCGUUGACCCCCGACAACAUUUAUCUCUCCCGUCAAACACUCUGAAUUCUAAGAUGGAGCGAAGGCUGUCAUCAAAGAUGGAGAGGAGGUUGUCGUUAAUGAAGUCAACUAAGUCAGCUUUGGUUAGGAGCCAAACGGGUGAUUUCGAUCAUAACCGUUGGUUAUUUGAGACCAACGGAACCUACGGUUAUGGCAAUGCGUUUUGGCCGAAAGACGAAGGAAUAAGCGAGGAUAGAACAGGCGUAAGUGGGGCCGAACAACUGGAACUUCUUAACAAACCUUGGCGGCCUCUUACUCGCAAACUGAAGAUACCUGCUGCUGUUAUAAGUCCUUAUCGGCUUCUAGCAUUGAUUCGGAUGGUCGUUCUUGGAUUAUUCCUUCAUUGGAGAAUCACUCACCCGAAUGAAGACGCGAUAUGGCUGUGGUUUAUGUCGGUUAUCUGCGAAGUUUGGUUUGCGUUUUCUUGGCUGCUUGACCAACUUCCGAAACUCGCGCCCGUUAACCGUGCAACGGAUUUAAAUGUUUUAAAAGAAAAAUUCGAAACCCCGAGCCCGAAUAACCCGUCGGGAAAAUCUGAUCUUCCUGGGGUAGACGUAUUCGUUUCUACAGCAGAUCCCGAAAAAGAGCCACCGUUAGUUACCGCAAACACCAUUUUGUCGAUUCUCGCUGCUGAUUACCCUGUUGAUAAGUUAUCGUGUUAUGUUUCUGAUGACGGUGGGGCCCUUUUAACGUUUGAAGCCAUGGCGGAAGCUGCAAGUUUUGCCAACAUAUGGGUCCCGUUUUGUCGGAAGCAUGCUAUUGAGCCGAGAAAUCCCGAGUCUUAUUUUAGUUUGAAAAAAGAUCCGUUUAAGAAUAAGGUGAGACAGGACUUUGUGAGGGAUCGCAGGCGAGUUAAACGGGAGUAUGAUGAGUUUAAGGUGAGGAUUAACGGGCUUCCAGAUUCCAUUAGGAGACGUUCGGAUGCUUAUAACGCUAGAGAAGAAAUCAAAGCCAUGAAACUUCAAAAAGAAACUGUUGGUGAUGAACUUUUGCAGCCCGUUAAGAUCCCGAAAGCAACAUGGAUGGCUGAUGCUACUCAUUGGCCCGGUACCUGGAUGAUUCCGUCUCCCGAACACUCAAAGGGUGAUCAUGCAGGCAUCAUACAGGUGAUGCUGAAACCACCGAGUGAUGAACUGUUGAAUGGCACAGAUGACGAGGCGCAUCCGCUUGAUUUCAGUGAAGUUGAUAUUCGACUUCCUCUUUUGGUCUACGUUUCUCGUGAAAAACGACCGGGCUAUGAUCAUAACAAAAAGGCUGGAGCCAUGAAUGCACUGGUUCGGGCCUCGGCCAUCAUGUCUAACGGCCCGUUCAUGCUUAACCUCGACUGUGAUCAUUAUAUAUACAACUCUCAAGCCAUACGAGAAGGGAUGUGUUUCAUGAUGGACCGAGGUGGGGACCGCAUCUGUUACGUACAGUUCCCACAAAGGUUUGAAGGUAUCGAUCCUUCCGAUCGUUAUGCCAAUCACAACACUGUUUUCUUUGACGGAAACAUGCGGGCGCUCGACGGUCUUCAAGGCCCGGUUUAUGUUGGGACUGGAACGUUAUUUCGUAGAACUGCGCUUUACGGGUUUGACCCGCCCCGGUCAAAGGAAUACCAUUCGGGCUGUUGCAGCUGUUGUUUUACUCGGCGCAAGAAAAGCUCCGGUUCGGUUGCUUCUGCACCGGAUGAACACCGAGCUUUGAGAAUGGGAGAUUCGGAUGACGAUGAAAUGAAUCUUUCCUCGUUCCCGAAAAAGUUUGGUAAUUCGAAUUUGUUGAUAGACACAAUCCCGAUAGCAGAGUUCCAAGGCCGACCGCUUGCUGACCACCCUGCGGUUAAAAACGGUCGACCACCCGGUGCACUCACGAUUCCUAGAGAACUUCUAGAUGCAUCUACUGUUGCCGAAGCGAUUAGCGUGAUUUCGUGCUGGUAUGAAGAUAAAACCGAAUGGGGAAACCGGGUUGGAUGGAUUUACGGAUCGGUAACUGAAGAUGUGGUUACGGGCUACCGUAUGCAUAACCGCGGAUGGAGAUCGAUUUAUUGCGUGACCAAACGAGACGCUUUCCGUGGGACCGCCCCAAUUAACCUGACGGAUCGUCUCCACCAGGUGCUCCGGUGGGCCACCGGAUCAGUCGAAAUCUUUUUCUCAAAAAACAACGCACUUUUAGCCAGUUCGAGAAUGAAGUUUCUUCAACGAAUCGCUUAUCUUAACGUCGGGAUUUACCCGUUCACCUCCAUCUUUUUAAUCGUUUACUGCUUUCUCCCAGCUCUUUCGCUUUUCUCCGGUCAGUUCAUUGUUCAGAGCCUCGAUGUCACAUUUCUCGUCUACCUUCUUUCGAUUACGAUAACGCUUUGCAUGCUGGCGGUUCUCGAGAUCAAAUGGUCGGGUAUCGAGUUAGAAGAAUGGUGGAGAAAUGAACAGUUUUGGCUCAUUGGCGGUACCAGUGCUCAUCUCGCUGCUGUUCUUCAAGGUCUUCUUAAAGUGGUGGCUGGAAUCGAGAUCUCGUUUACUCUAACGUCAAAAUCUGGCGGUGAUGAUAACGACGAUGAAUUCGCUGAUCUUUACAUCAUAAAAUGGACGUCUUUGAUGAUACCACCGAUUGUGAUUAUGAUGACGAAUCUUAUCGCUAUAGCAGUCGGGGUGAGUAGAACGAUCUACAGUGCUAUACCGCAGUGGAGCCGACUAUUGGGUGGGGUGUUCUUUAGCUUUUGGGUGUUGGCCCAUUUGUAUCCGUUUGCGAAGGGGUUGAUGGGCCGAAGAGGGAGGACACCGACGAUUGUGUUUGUUUGGUCCGGGCUGAUUGCGAUCACGAUUUCGCUUCUUUGGGUUGCGAUUAAUCCGCCUGCGGGUGCUAGUGAAAUUGGAGGGUCUUUCCAGUUCCCUUGAGAUAUAAGGUUUAGAUAUGUGAAUUAGGGUUUAUUGUUUUGUACUGUUGGUGGUUAGAAGGGUGGGUGGGCUACACAUAUUCUUCAUUUCUUUGUACUCUUGAUAGACAAUGGUUGCAAAAAGAGUUGAUUUGUUUUGUUGUUUAA